GAUUUUUCUGACUGUAUGUUGCUGUCUGACCUCUUAUCUUCUCAUUUUUCUCCCUCUCUCUCCAUUUCUCUUCCUCCCUCCUCCUCUGGCAGGGAUCACAUAUACACAGUGGACACGGAGACUGCCAACGGUGACGAGAUCUUUUUCAGUAAGAAAAUGACCUGGAAGUCCAGACAGGCAGACGUGGACACUUGCCGAAUGAAAGGAAAGCAUAAGGAUGAGUGUCACAAUUUCAUCAAAGUCCUCCUGCAGCAAAACGGUGACACCCUGUUUGUUUGUGGAACAAACGCCUUCAAUCCGUCCUGUCGAACCUACAAGAUGGACUCCUUGGAGGCUCUAGGAGAAGAGAUCAGCGGGAUGGCGCGCUGUCCAUAUGAUGCCAAGCAUGCCAAUGUUGCACUCUUUGCUGACGGCAAGCUGUACUCAGCCACCGUAACAGACUUCCUAGCGAUCGAUGCGGUCAUCUAUCGUAGUCUUGGCGACAGCCCGACUCUUCGCACUGUCAAACACGACUCCAAGUGGCUGAAAGAACCGUACUUUGUCCAGGCAGUCAAUUACGGAGACUUCAUCUAUUUCUUCUUUCGGGAAAUUGCAAUGGAGUACAACACAAUGGGAAAGGUGGUGUUUCCCCGGGUGGCGAGGGUUUGCAAGAAUGACCGCGGAGGUUCUCCUCGCGUCCUGGAGAAGCAGUGGACGUCGUUCCUAAAGUCCCGCCUGAACUGCUCCAUCCCUGGGGAUUCCCACUUCUACUUCAACAUCCUGCAGGCCGUCACGGACGUCAUCCACAUCAACGGGCGGGAUGUGGUGAUGGCCACUUUCUCCACGCCUUACAACAGCAUUCCAGGUUCAGCAGUGUGUGCCUACGACAUGGCGGAGGUGGCCCGCGCCUUCACUGGGCGAUUCAAAGAGCAGAAAUCCCCAGACUCCACCUGGACGCCUUUUCCUGAAGAGAGGGUUCCCAAGCCAAGACCUGGCAGCUGUGCCGGCACUCCAUCCAUGGAGAGGUACAAGGUAUCCAAUGAGUUCCCUGACGACACUCUGAACUUCAUCAAGAUGCAUCCCCUGAUGGACGAGGCUGUGCCCUCUAUCGCCCACAGGCCCUGGUUUCUCAAGACCAUGGUGCGGUAUCGCCUGACGCGGAUCGUGGUGGACAACGAGGCGGGCCCCCACAGGAACCACACGGUCGUGUUCCUGGGAUCCGAGAAGGGCAUCAUCCUGAAAUUUCUGGCCAAAAUGAACAAAGGCUUCCUGAACGACAGCCUGUUCCUCGAGGAGCUCAACGUCUACAAUCCGGACAAGUGCAGUAUAGAUGGCGUGGAAGACAAGCGCAUCAUCGGGAUGCAGAUAGACAGCAAGAGUAACGCUCUGUGGGUGGCUUUCACCUCCUGUGUGGUCAAAGUGCCGCUGUCUCGCUGUGAAAGGCAUGGAAGAUGCAAGAAAUCCUGCAUAGCCUCCAGGGACCCAUACUGUGGUUGGGUGUCAGAAGGUGCCUGUCGACAGGUGACUACCAACACCAAAUCAGCCUUCGAGCAGGACGUGGAGCAUGGUAACACAGAUGGCCUGGGAGACUGCCAAAAUACAUUUGUGGCACUGAAUGACAUCCCUUCCGGUUAUGAAGGCCACCACCACCAUCACCACACCCUUUCACUUCCCACCUCGGCCCUCCCCGAGGCAGCCGAGGGGCCCCUGGGGCGGAAGGACCCCCCUAUGAGUUCAGACAAAGGGGAGGACCCUUAUGUGGCAGUGCCCUCUCAGACUCAACCUGAAGCCACUGGUAAGCCUUGGAACGUAACAGAAAUCG